UACACAUCAGUUUUUACCCAAAAUACAUGUUAAAUCUAAAUCCCCAAUUCACCAAUCAACCACUGACAUCAACUCAAAUCCAUCAAAUUUCUUAAGAAUCUAUUCCAUUUUGUGAAAUCUAACUGCAAUGUUCAUGGGUUUUCUGUUUUUGGUUUGAAAGUUGAGUUUUUUAUUGAAAAAAAUUCAUCAUCUUCAUCAGUUAAUGAUAAGCAUAAUCAUCAAGAUCAUCUUCAUUGUUCUUGUUCUGGUUAAAAGAGUGAAUUGGGUAAAUUGGUGUUCCUGUCUGCUUUUGAAUCUGUUUAGGGUUACUAAUUUAAGCAUUGGGUUUACCCUCCAAAUUUGGAAAAAAACAAUAAUGCAAUCCCUUUUGUUCUCUACCAGCAAAGAUAAAUAUUUCUAUUUAUAAGAAGACCCUCAAUUUGUUUGUUGGUUUAUUCUAUGUUCUCUUGAAAUUAAGCACUGGUUCUGUGUGUGUGUAAUUUUGUUUCUUUUUUUUUUUUUAAUUUUUUCACACACACAUAGUGUGAGUGAGUGUGUGUUACAGUGGACUUAUGAUGGCUAGGGAAAAAAUAAAGAUUAAAAAGAUUGAUAAUGCUACUGCAAGGCAGGUGACCUUCUCAAAGAGGAGAAGAGGGUUGUUCAAGAAAGCUGAAGAGCUUUCUGUACUUUGUGAUGCUGAUGUUGCUAUUAUCAUCUUCUCUUCUACUGGCAAACUUUUUCACUACUCUAGCUCAAGCAUGAAAGAAAUACUUGAAAGGCAUAGCUUGCAUUCAAAAAACAUUGAGAAGCUUGACCAACCAUCACUUGAAUUGCAGCUCGUUGAAGACGUUAAUUAUGCCAAAUUAAGCAAAGAAGUUGCUGAAAGAACUCUUCAAUUAAGGCGGUUGAGGGGGGAGGAGCUCCAUCGUUUAAGUAUCGAAGAGCUGCACCAGCUGGAGAAGUCCCUUGAAGCUGGAUUGGGUCGGGUUGUUGCAAAAAAGAGUGAGGUGAUCAUGAAAGAGAUUAACCAUCUUCAAGAAAAGGAAAUGCAACUCAUGGCAGAGAAUGACCGCCUCAGACAAGAAAUGUUAAAGGUAUCUAAUGCUCGAAAACAAAUUCAUACUGAGAUGGCGAAUGUAAUUGGUGAAGACGGUCAAUCAUCAGAAUCUGUUACCAACAUUUCCAACUCUGCUGGUCCUUCUCAAGACUAUGAGAGCUCCUAUACAUCCCUCAAGUUGGGGCUACCUUACACAGGCUGAUUGGAAGAACUAGUAGGAUUUAUGUAUUAUGAAGCAUGUAAAUGAAAAUUUUAGAUGAUGCUGCUGAUGUUUAUGGAUAUGGUUUAUUUUGCCAUUUGGAUUUUAUA